AUGUGUAGAGAUAUGCAUGGAUGGUGUGCGGCAAUCACCACAAAACCAAGGGGUCAUGUGAUGAUUGAUAACAUAGAGGAUGAAAUGCUAUAUCAGUCUGAUGGGAUGUUACAUGUUCUACCUACUAUUGAAAUUGAAUCAAUAUCUUGUUUGCAUGACGAUACACAAGUAGAUGUGUUUGAAGAGAUUUUUGAUACGUAG